AUGAAGACAGCAAGCGAUGGCGACAAUGUGGCGGUCCUGAUUGAUGGAGACAAUAUCUCGUUCAGAAAUAUUGCUGGCCUGAUGGCGGAAGUGGCCAACUACGGAACGGCAAGUGUGAAGAGAAUCUACGGUGACUGGACAAAUCCGCAGAUGAGAGGCUGGAGGGAGUGUCUGCUCGAGCAUUCAAUCGUGCCUAUUCAGCAAUUUGCAUACACGACUGGCAAGAACGCUACAGACGGAGCGAUGAUCAUUGACGCCAUGGAUCUCCUCUACACCGGCCGCUUUUCCAGCUUUUGCAUCGUGUCAAGCGACAGCGACUUCACCCGUCUUGCUGCACGAAUCCGUGAACAAGGAGUUUCUGUCUACGGCUUCGGGAACAGAAGCAACUCGCACAGAGCUUUGAUUGCAGCUUGCAACGAGUCCAUCUAUCUGGAUGCUCUGUCUGUGCAAACAGAUGAGCCGAAGCCUGGCCCGAGACCACUCGACAAGGCAGCACUAGACGGCAUCCGAAAAGCAAUCCGCAGCAGCAAGAUCUACGAAAGCGACUUCGUAAAUCUCACAGAUGUUGGUACCCAUCUCAUCAAGCUUUCGCCGGACCUGAAUGCUCGCAAUUACGGAUAUUUGAAGACUAAGAAUUUCAUGGAGGCUUCUGGGAUUGUUGAGAUCAAGAUGAAGACUAGAGAGCCUGCUCCGCCGAUUACUUUGGUUCGCCUUCGAGAGUAG